AUGGGUGUUCCAGCGUUUUACCGCUGGUUGGCGGACAAGUAUCCGUUGAUUAUAGUGGAUGUGAUUGAAGAGGAGCCGCAGGUGAUCGACGGCGUGACGGUGCCGGUGAACACGGUGGAAGCGAACCCUAACGGCGAGUUCGACAAUCUGUACCUCGACAUGAACGGCAUCAUUCAUCCGUGCUUCCACCCCGAAGAUCGCGUAAGUCCUUCUAGACGCUUACAUCUUCGACUGCCUAGGCCUUCUCUUUUACCUGGUUCUUUCCCUCACGUCUUCUCCCCUUCCAUCCUUUCGCUUCCCACACCCUUCUCUCCUGCAGUCGUCCCCCACGACCCUGCACAAGGACAUCCUCGACUACACUACAUUGACCGCCUCCUUGGCCUGACGCUUUCCCUCCCAUCUCCUUCCUUUCAUCCGUUCUCUUCCCUACAACUAUCUCUCCUGCAGCCGUCCCCCACCACCCUGCACGAGCCGUCCCCCACCACCCUGCACGAGGUGUUUCAGAACAUCUUUGACUACAUUGACCGCCUCUUCGCCAUGAUCCGCCCUCGCAAAGUGCUCUUCAUGGGCAUUGACGGUGUGGCUCCGCGAGCCAAGAUGAACCAGCAGCGCUCCAGAAGAUUCCGAGCAGCCAAGGACGCAGCAGACGCUGCAGCGGAGGAGGAGCGGCUGAGGAAGGAGUUUGAGCUGGAGGGGCGCAUGGUGCCGCCCAAGGAGAAGUCGGAGACGGUCGACUCCAACGUCAUCACGCCCGGCACGCCCUUCAUGCAGCAGCUGUCCGUCGCGCUGCAGUACUACAUCCACCUUAGGAUCAAUCAGGACCCCGCCUGGAAGAAUGUCAAGGUGAUUCUGUCGGACGCCAACGUGCCAGGCGAGGGAGAGCACAAGAUCAUGAACUACAUUCGCCUGCAGCGGAACCUUCCAGGCUUCGACCCCAACACACGCCACUGCAUCUACGGACUGGACGCGGAUCUGAUCAUGCUCGCCCUGGCAACACACGAAGUGCAUUUCACCAUUCUCAGAGAGGUGGUGUUUCAGCCCGGGCAGGUGGACAAAUGUUUUCUGUGCGGGCAGACGGGGCACCUGGCGGCAGAGUGUGAGGGCAAGCCGAAGCGCAAGAGGGGCGAGAACGACGAGAAGGAGGGGGGUGUACCCAAGAAACCGUUUCAGUUGCUGCAGUGCUGGGUGCUGCGAGAGUACCUGGAGCUGGAGUUCCGCGUGCCGGGGGUGGAGAUGGACCUGGAGAGGGUGCUCGACGACUUUGUCUUCAUGUGCUUCUUCGUGGGGAAUGACUUUUUACCGCACAUGCCGACGCUCGAGAUCAGAGAGAGGGUGCUGGACGAUUUUGUCUUCAUGUGCUUCUUCGUGGGGAAUGACUUUCUGCCGCACAUGCCCACUCUCGAGAUCAGAGAGGGUGCCAUCAACCUCCUGGUGUCAAUCUACCGCCGGGAGUUCGCCAACCUGGGAGGCUACCUCACAGAGAACGGCGAGGUGGAUCUGCGGCGAGUGGAGCAUUUCAUCCAGGCUGUGGCAGUGCACGAGCAGUCCAUCUUCAUGAAGCGCGCCCGCAUCCACCAGAGGCAGAAGGAGAGGAGGGUGCGAGACAGGCAGCAGAAGGAACGCAAUCAGUACCGCAAGGGAGACGAGGCCGCCCCCAACGUGCCCUCAUCCGCCCUGCAGCCACUGCCAGCAUCACAGCAGCCAACGCACCACGGAGGACUGUACAGCCGCAGCGACAUGAACCCUGCCUCUCGCAACUCCUUCGCCCUCCUCGCCACGCCGCUCGCCAACCCCAAUGCUGCUGCUGCCAACGGGUCAGCGGGGAGCAACCAGGCGGCUGCUGCUGCGCUGCGCGCCAAGCUGGCAGGCCACGCCACGUCAGCAUCGUCGGCCGACCCGGCUGCGCCACCUGAGGAGGAGGAGGAGGAUCUGCAGGAGGAGCUCAAGCUCAAGCUCAAGUCCGCGCUCAAGGGCAAAUCAGACCUGUUUGCCGGGGGCAAGGAGCCGGAUGACGAGAUCCGGCUGGGUGACGACGGGUGGAAGGAACGCUACUACCAGCAGAAGUUUGGAGUGACGUCGUAUGAGGAGCAGGAGCGCGUUCGUCAGGAUGUGGUGCUGAAGUUUGUGGAGGGUCUAUGCUGGGUCAUGAGAUAUUACUACCAGGGCGUGUGCUCUUGGAACUGGUACUACCCGUACCACUAUGCACCGUUUGCAUCUGAUUUGGUGCGGCUGGACGAGUUGGAGAUUCACUUCUUUCUAGGCCGCCCCUUCAAGCCCUUUGAUCAGCUCAUGGGCGUGCUGCCCGCCGCCAGUUCCGGUGCGCUGCCAACAGCGUAUCGCAAGCUCAUGUCGGACCCAGCCUCGCCCAUCGUUGACUUCUACCCCACUGAUUUCAGUGUUGACAUGAAUGGCAAGCGCUUUGCUUGGCAGGGAGUGGCGUUGCUGCCGUUCAUCGAUGAAGACCGACUGCUAGAGGCCAUCAAGCAAGUCGAGUCCACUCUCACGCCGGAGGAGAGGAGGCGCAACAGCCAGCUGUGCGAGCUGAUGUACUUCUCAUCGGGGUACCCACUGGCAAAGACGGUGUGGGAGAUGAUGGGCAAGUGGGGGCAGCUCGAUGCCAAGGCGCGCGCCCACAAGAAGCACGCUAUCGACCCCUCCCUCAGCGAUGGCAUGAACGGCUACCUAGUCUUGUGUGACGGGCAGCCCUGCCCGCCCAUGCUGCGCGCGCCCAUGUCGGGCUUCGAGACCAUCACCAGCAACCAAGUCAUCUGUGUGGUCUACAAGAACCCAGACUUCCAUCGCCACAUCUGCCGCCCGCCAGCUGGCGCCGUCUACCCCCCCAAGUUGGUAUCAGAGCAGGACAUCAAGUCGGAGCCGCUGUGGCAUGAGGAUACGUGGGGGCGGCGACGGCCGCAGAUACAGGACAGGCGGCCAGUGCAGAACGCCAUAGGAGGUCCUGCCCUAGGGGCGGCAGCCACUCGUCUGCUUCUCAACUCUCUCGGCGCGGCCGGGCGGCAGGGCGGGGCGGCAGCCGCCCAGCUGCGGGAAGCGCAGCAGCGGCUGAGUCACAUGGGCACUGCCGGCCCCGUGCCCCUGCCUGUUCCUCUAGCAGGCGGCAUUCUCCCCGUACAGUCACCCUACAGCCAGGCCGCCCCUUAUAGUCACGCUCAUGCGGGCGGAUACAGUCACGGGCAAACGGGGGGGUACAGUGCGGUAUCGGCAGACCCUAGGGUUGCUGCUUAUGGGGGGAAAGCAGGGGCGUAUGGGCAACCACAGCAGCAGCAGCAGCAGCAGCAGCAGCAGCGGCAGCAGCAGCAGCCGCAGCAGCAACAGCAGCAGCAGGGGUAUGGGUAUCGGGGGGGACAGGCUGUAUACCAGGUCCAGCAGCAGGCACAGGGGGGGUAUUAUCAGCAGCAGCAACAGCAGCAGCAAGGGGGGUAUGGUGGGAAUGUGUGGGUGAGGCCUGGUAGUGGAGCAGGUACACAAGCGGCACCACAAGUGGCAGGACAAGCGGCAGGGGGGUAUGGUGGACGAGGGGGGUACGGGCAAGCAGGGGGGUACGGGAGAGGAGGGUAUGGGGCGGGGCAACAGGGGUAUGGGGGGGGUCAGCAGCAGGGGUAUGGGGGCCAACAGGGACGGGGGUGGGGCACGGGUGGGGGGCGUUCACAGCGUGGGCCACGGCAAUGGAUGAAUCAUCCGCACCUCGUGCGUCGCGUGGCAGUGCUCUGUGGGCCGCACCCCUUUAUCGGGCACGGGUGGGGCGCGUUCACAGCGUGGGCCAUGGCAAUGGACCAUCCGCACCUCAUCCGCCGCGUGGCAGUGCUCUGUGGCCCGCAUCCCUUGGUCUUCCGCCGCUCCCUGUCGCUUCGAGAGCCCCUCACACUGCUGCGAUACUUCUAUUGGUUCCUCUUCCUCGUGCCGUGGCUGCCCGAAUGGCUUCUGCGGCGCAACAACUGUGCAGCUCUGCAGCGAGUGUACCGCGAUGAGCCGCUAAGCCCACUGCCUCCUGCCCUCGUGCACAGUCAUGUUGAAGCAUUCUCCACCAAUGGCGCGCUGACAGCUGGCAUCUCGUACCACAGGGCGUUCCUCAGGGGGCUGUGGCGGUUCAGCCGCCCGGUACCCGUGCCUCACAGGGUGCUUGUGUUGUGGGCGGGAAAGGACAAAUACGCCCGCCCGCACAUGGCGCAGCCACCUCCCGCCCUUGUGCCCAACGCGCAAGUGGUGCAUUUUCCCGAGCAUCGUAGUCGCGCAGCAGAGAUGCGCGUGAAGCGGCAGCGGGAGGUGCGGCGCCAUGUGCGCUUCUACCGCACGAGCUGCGGCUUCCGCGAGCCGUUCAAGGCCGUCGCGGACGGCACGUUUCUGCACCACGUCACGCGCCUCCGCCUCUCGCCGCUCGCCACGUCACUUCCCAAGCUGCUCGGCUUUCCGACACGUGUGCAUUCUGGCAGAGCUACAGCGCUAGGGGGGCGCGUUUUGAGGCGCCUCAAAAGGCGCGCAGGUGGCAUUCUGGCGGAGCUGCAGCGCCGGGGGGACGCCGUCAAUGCCUCCUCUCCUCUCCUCUCCAUGACAGGACAUUCCGCCUGCCCCCCUCUCAUCCCUCCCCCUCUUUCUCUCCCCCCCCCCUCCGCGGGUGGCAUUCUGGCGGAGCUGCAGCGCCGGGGGGACGCCGUGGCACAUUGGCAGAGCUACAGGGCUAGGUGCAUUUUGGCGGAGCUGCAGCGCCUGGGGGAUGCUUUCAAGGACACGCGCUUUGCUGCCCGCCAGCUGGAGGUCGCCAGGUGCACGCAUGAGGGCGACGAGGCAGUGACGGCAUCGGAGUGCAUACAGCAUCUCGUGGCGGGUGCUAACCAGCAGCACUUCUUCGUGGCCUCGCAGGACAUUGAAUUCAAGAAGCUUCUCAAGAAGGUUCGUCCGGGCCCAUUUUCUAGUCAAAGAUGGCACAGAGAUGCCACGUGCAGCUCUUCUCCAGGUGCAGCUCUUCUCCACGUGCAGCUCUUCUCCACGUGCAGCUCUUCUCCACGUGCAGCUCUUCUCCACGUGCAGCUCUUCUCCACGUGCAGCUCUUCUCCACGUGCAGCUCUUCUCCACGUGCAGCUCUUCUCCACGUGCAGCUCUUCUCCACGUGCAGCUCUUCUCCACGUGCAGCUCUUCUCCACGUGCAGCUCUUCUCCACGUGCAGCUCUUCUCCACGUGCAGCUCUUCUCCACGUGCAGCUCUUCUCCACGUGCAGCUCUUCUCCACGUGCAGCUCUUCUCCACGUGCAGCUCCAGGUGCAGCUCUUCUCCACGUGCAGCUCUUCUCCACGUGCAGCUCUUCUCCACGUGCAGCUCCAGGUGCAGCUCUUCUCCACGUGCAGCUCUUCUCCACGUGCAGCUCUUCUCCACGUGCAGCUCUUCUCCACGUGCAGCUCUUCUCCACGUGCAGCUCCAGGUGCAGCUCUUCUCCACGUGCAGCUCUUCUCCACGUGCAGCUCCAGGUGCAGCUCUUCUCCACGUGCAGCUCUUCUCCACGUGCAGCUCUUCUCCACGUGCAGCUCUUCUCCACGUGCAGCUCUUCUCCACGUGCAGCUCUUCUCCACGUGCAGCUCUUCUCCACGUGCAGCUCUUCUCCACGUGCAGCUCUUCUCCACGUGCAGCUCUUCUCCACGUGCAGCUCUUCUCCACGUGCAGCUCUUCUCCACGUGCAGCUCUUCUCCACGUGCAGCUCUUCUCCACGUGCAGCUCUUCUCCACGUGCAGCUCCAGGUGCAGCUCUUCUCCACGUGCAGCUCUUCUCUACGUGCAGCUCUUCUCCACGUGCAGCUCUUCUCCACGUGCAGCUCUUCUCCACGUGCAGCUCUUCUCCACGUGCAGCUCUUCUCCACGUGCAGCUCUUCUCCACGUGCAGCUCUUCUCCACGUGCAGCUCUUCUCCACGUGCAGCUCUUCUCCACGUGCAGCUCUUCUCCACGUGCAGCUCUUCUCCACGUGCAGCUCUUCUCCACGUGCAGCUCUUCUCCACGUGCAGCUCUUCUCCACGUGCAGCUCUUCUCCACGUGCAGCUCUUCUCCACGUGCAGCUCUUCUCCACGUGCAGCUCUUCUCCACGUGCAGCUCUUCUCCACGUGCACCUCUUCUCCACGUGCAGCUCUUCUCCACGUGCAGCUCUUCUCCACGUGCAGCUCUUCUCCACGUGCAGCUCUUCUCCACGUGCAGCUCUUCUCCACGUGCAGCUCUUCUCCACGUGCAGCUCUUCUCCACGUGCAGCUCUUCUCCACGUGCAGCUCUUCUCCACGUGCAGCUCUUCUCCACGUGCAGCUCUUCUCCACGUGCAGCUCUUCUCCACGUGCAGCUCUUCUCCACGUGCAGCUCUUCUCCAGGUGCAGCUCUUCUCCACGUGCAGCUCUUCUCCAGGUGCAGCUCUUCUCCACGUGCAGCUCUUCUCCAGGUGCAGCUCUUCUCCAGGUGCAGCUCUUCUCCACGUGCAGCUCUUCUCCAGGUGCAGCUCUUCUCCACGUGCAGCUCUUCUCCAGGUGCAGCUCUUCUCCACGUGCAGCUCUUCUCCAGGUGCAGCUCUUCUCCAGGUGCAGCUCUUCUCCACGUGCAGCUCUUCUCCACGUGCAGCUCUUCUCCACGUGCAGCUCUUCUCCAGGUGCAGCUCUUCUCCAGGUGCAGCUCUUCUCCACGUGCAGCUCUUCUCCACGUGCAGCUCUUCUCCACGUGCAGCUCUUCUCCACGUGCAGCUCUUCUCCACGUGCAGCUCUUCUCCACGUGCAGCUCUUCUCCACGUGCAGCUCUUCUCCACGUGCAGCUCUUCUCCACGUGCAGCUCUUCUCCACGUGCAGCUCUUCUCCACGUGCAGCUCUUCUCCACGUGCAGCUCUUCUCCACGUGCAGCUCUUCUCCACGUGCAGCUCUUCUCCACGUGCAGCUCUUCUCCACGUGCAGCUCUUCUCCACGUGCAGCUCUUCUCCACGUGCAGCUCUUCUCCACGUGCAGCUCUUCUCCACGUGCAGCUCUUCUCUUCUCUUCUCUUCGGGGGUUUCCCUCUUGGUUUCAAGCACUGUCCCCACCCCCUUCUUGCCUCCUUCCCUGCACCCCACUCAACCCUCUCCUUCAUUCCUCCCCACCCCGCGCAGGUGCCAGCAGUGCCAAUCAUCUCAGCCAAUGGGACAUCAAUCUCCCUCGAGCCGCCCUCUCCUCUCGACCUCUCCCUUUCCAAGAAAUCCGAAUCUGCCCGGCUCGGGCUGCCCGAACACGAGCAGCAGCAGCUGCUGCUGGCGCGGGCAGCCAAGCGAAAGAAACGAAUCGAGGAGACACAGAAAGGGCUUGUUCCUACAGUCGUCGACAGGACGAGGCAGCGAGGCGAUGUUGCUGGGAGCGAGAGAAAAGCAGAAACGGGAGUAGAGGGAGGAGGCGAGGGGGAGGGUGUUUCUGGGAGUGAGGGAGAAGGGAGGGAUGGGGCAGGUGGUGAAGGGGUGGAGGAGGGGGUCGGGGGGGCAGGAGGGGUAAAUUCAAAUGCAGAUGCGUAUGGGUAUGGAUAUGAUUCGGAGGAGGAGGGAGAGGAGAGGAAGCUGGAGUGGAAGCGGCUGGGGUAUGUGAAGGACCGGGCCAAGUUCAAACGGAAGCGAGUGAAGGGACCCAACCCUCUAUCAUGCAAGAAGAAGGCCCGCCCAGCAGGGGGAGUGGGGAGUGAAGGAAAGAGACAAGGGAUGGAUGGAGCAGGGCCAAAAAAGAGGCAGAGGAGACGGCGGAAGGGAGGCCAGGCGGCUGAAGGAGGUGCGGUGGAUGGGAAUGGUGGAGCCUCUGAAUAG